UCCAUAUUGCCAUUGAAAUAUGGGCCAAGAGAUAUCCCAACAGCAGCAGCAACACCACAACCAUAACCACAACCACAACCAGAACCAGAAUCACAACCAAAACCAAAACCUGAACCUGAACCACAACCUCAAACGUGCACAGGCUCAUCGUAAAAGCUAUAAGGAUCCCAUUUAUACGCCAGCCAGCAAUCUAUCCAGCAGUUCAAGCUCAAAUAGCACCGACGACUACGACGCCAAUUAUCGAUUGAGGCAUAAAUACAAUCUAACAAAACAGACUUACGAACGGACUAAAGUUCUGGCCAGCACGCAAUCGGACAGUGAUUCGCAUUACGACAAAUUAAACGGCAAAUAUCUGCAGAGAAGUAGCUCCCAGAGUUCGGACAGCGGCAUCUACAAUUCGUCGUGUCAUUGCUCCUCGUUGUCAUCGCUAUCGGCGGUAAGCAGCAGCUCAGCAAGUUCCAGUAGCGGUUGUCCCAGUUCCCUGCUGUCAAGCAAGUCGAGUCGUUCAUUGGAUAAGCAGAAACAUUAUCUCAGCCAUCAUCUGUAUAUCAAAUCCUAUCUGGAUAUCUUGGAGGAGGACGAGCGGGCGCGUGCCCAUUUCAAAUCAGCGCGUCCGGGUGGCAUUCGUAACUAUACACCGAAAAUUCUUGGUGGCGGAGACUCGACAAACUCUACACUAUCCGCAAGUGCACCCACUUCAAGUUUUGGCUAUCCAAAUCAGGCGGGCAAACAGCGAUCUAGCGCUAGCUCGAAUAGUUCAGCUGCAGCUGUAGUUACAGGAAGAAAUUGUCAAGGCUAUCAAAGCGCCGAUCCCGAGAACAAGGUUCAGGAGCCAACUCUCUUAAGGCGCCAGUAUGACUUCAUUGUUGUUGGCGGUGGUUCCGCUGGCGCUGUGGUUGCCAAUCGCCUGAGUGAGGUGCGCAAUUGGACGGUGCUGCUACUCGAGGCGGGCGGCGAUGAAACGGAAAUUUCGGAUGUGCCAGCACUAGCGGGUUAUAUACAGCUAACCGAUUUGGAUUGGAAAUACCAGACGACACCAUCGUCAACAGGGCAAUAUUGCCAGGCCAUGAGAGGUGAUCGUUGCAAUUGGCCACGUGGUAAAGUUCUUGGCGGUAGUUCGGUUCUCAAUGCGAUGGUUUAUGUGCGUGGCUCGAAGAACGACUAUAAUCAUUGGGCAUCGCUGGGGAAUCCAGGCUGGGACUAUGAUCAUAUGCUGAAAUACUUUUUGAAAUCAGAGGAUGUACGCAAUCCAUAUUUGGCGGUAACCGAUUACCAUGAAACGGGCGGCUAUUUAACAGUACAGGAGUCAUCCUGGCGCACACCUCUCUCCAUUGCCUUCCUGCAGGCUGGCAUCGAGAUGGGCUACGAGAAUCGUGACAUCAAUGGCGCCAAGCAGACAGGCUUCAUGCUCACCCAGAGCACCAUACGACGUGGUGCUCGCUGCAGUACCGGCAAGGCCUUUAUACGACCCGUCCGUCUGCGAAAAAAUCUCGAUGUGCUGCUCCAUGCUGAGGUCACACGCUUAUUGUUUGAUCAGCGACAUAAACGUGCCCAGGGCGUUGAGUUCAUUAAGGAUGGACGCAAGCAGAUUGUGUUUGCCCGACAUGAGGUCAUAGUCAGCGCUGGAGCGCUGAAUUCGCCAAAAUUAUUGAUGCUGAGUGGCAUUGGACCGUCGGAUCAUCUACAGGAGCACAACAUACCUGUGAUUUCGGAUUUACCAGUGGGCAAUAAUAUGCAGGAUCAUGUUGGCUUGGGUGGUCUAACCUUUGUCAUCGAUGCCCCGCUGACCGUCACUCGGGCACGAUUUCAGACCAUACCCGUCGCCAUGGAAUAUAUAUUGCGGGAACGCGGUCCCAUGACAUUUUCGGGCGUCGAGGGUGUUGCCUUUGUGAAUACCAAAUAUCAGGAUCCCGCUGUCGACUGGCCCGAUGUACAGUUCCAUUUUUUGCCCAGCUCCAUUUGCUCAGAUGGUGGUGAACAGAUACGGAAGAUUCUCAAUCUACGCGAUGGAUUUUACAAUACGGUCUAUAAGCCGUUGCAUCAAAGCGAAACAUGGUCGAUUCUACCGCUACUGCUGCGACCCAAGAGCACCGGUUGGGUGCGUCUCAAUUCGAGGAAUCCACUGCAACCGCCCAAAUUGAUACCCAAUUAUUUUGCACAUCAGCAGGACAUCGAUGUCCUUGUCGAGGGCAUUAAGAUGGCCGUCAAUGUAUCGAAUUCUCAGGCGUUCCAACGCUUUGGAUCGCGUCUUCACAGCAUUCCAUUGCCAGGAUGUCGUCAUCUGCCCUUCCAGUCGGAUGAGUAUUGGGCAUGUUGCAUUAAGCAGUUUACAUUUACCAUAUAUCAUCCAAGUGGCACAUGCCGCAUGGGUCCCAGUUGGGAUGCCACUGCCGUAGUCGAUCCCCGAUUGCGGGUCUAUGGCGUCUCCGGUUUACGUGUUGUCGAUGCCAGCAUUAUGCCCACCAUUGUCAAUGGAAAUCCCAAUGCGGCUGUAAUUGCCAUUGGCGAGAAGGCCUCCGAUAUGAUCAAGGAGGAUUGGGGAGUCAGACGUCCACCACCAGCAGGGAGUGCCACCAAAAAUGUCGAUGCUGCCCCAGCCGGCUAA